AUGGAUGCCCUCUCACCUCGAUCGACCAACCAGCCAAUCAAGCCAAAGGGUUUACCGGAUCACAAGAUGGCCGACAAGCGUGCUGUUGCUGUGACGCAAAAGUCUUCUUCUACGUCCAAGAACCAUGCCGAUCCACCGCCAUCGAGGGUGACAGAGCCAGAAGAAGAUGGAGAAGAAUACAUAAUCGGAGGGUUUCUUGGGAAAGGUGGAUUUGCCGUGUGCUACGAGGGAACAUUAGCACGAAACGGUCGCGUCUUUGCAAUGAAAGUUGUCAAGUCUCAGAUGCCCCAAAAGAAGAUGGAAGAGAAGUUUCGCACAGAGCUCCAAAUUCACUCAAAAAUGCGUCACCCUUUCAUCGUUCAAUUCUACCGCGCCUUCGCCUUCCACCAAAGCACAUACGUUGUCCUCGAACUAUGCCCAAAUGGAUCGGUCAUGGAUAUGGUCCGAAAGCGACGUUGUCUCAGCUUACCAGAAGUCCGUCGCUUCAUGAUACAACUCUGCGCUGGCGUCAAAUACCUCCAUAAACGCUUCGUGGCGCAUCGAGAUUUAAAAAUGGGGAAUUUGUUCCUGGAUCGCAAUAUGAACAUCAAGAUUGGAGACUUUGGUCUAGCGGCAAUGAUUCUCUCGGAUAAGGAUGCGAAAAGACGAAACACGCUGUGCGGAACACCCAAUUACAUUGCACCUGAAGUUCUUGAUAAAAGCAAAGGCGGCCACACUCAGAAAGUCGAUAUCUGGUCACUGGGUGUCAUAUGUUUUGCGAUGCUUACCGGCUAUCCACCAUUCCAAUCGAAGACUCAGGAAGAAAUCUAUAAAAAGGUCCGGAGCUUGACAUAUGUGUGGCCCAAAGAAUCAGAGAACACGAAUCAUAUCCCCGAGGAAGCUAAGGACCUGGUUAGCGCAUGCUUGAAUUUGGUGGACGAAGAGCGCCCAGAUCCGGACGACAUUGUUGAGCAUCCUUUCUUCAGCAUGUACGAUGGGUGCAUUCCCCGCCAACUAGACCCGGCAUGUCGUUUUAACAAACCGAUUUGGCUCAAGGAUCAAGCUCCCCGCGGUGAUUGUAUGGUCAACGGAUACGGACUCGACUUUGACGAGAAGCUUCGCGCCUAUAUCCAACAAGUGGACGACCCCAGCCAACGUUACCACUCGUGCAAGGCGGCAUUUUAUUCUUUAUGUGGUGUGGGAAGAAAGCCAGACGGAACGGCUCGUAAAUCAGUUGGUCGGAACUGUUCAAAGUCGGCUUACUCGGAGUGUGAGACGGAAGAUGCGAGAGGUCUCAGACCUGACGUGCCGUUACCCAUGGACUUUGUCUAUCGAUGGCCUCACGAAAUCGAAGGGGACUGGUGCCACAUGGAAAGCUCUCGAAGAACAUUACGCACUGAGGAUCGCGGAUUAGACGAGAGCACAAUGUCAGCACGGAGUGUUUCCGUUCGCGCAAAAGCAAUCACAUCCAGCCGGACAAACGUGGCGCUGGCGGCUGCUCAGCAGCGACGCAUGGAAGGUCAGAAUCAUGCUGCAACCCUACGACAACAGGCUCGUCCGGGAAUGUCCUCAUUGCGCAGGGCGCCCAUUGUGGCUGAAUUUGCAGAAUCCACCGCAAGACCUACUCGGGAGCCAGUCGAGCCUGAUCAUGCGGCCGCUGUGAGUGCAAAUGUGCCACCCGGUGGGCUCUCAGAGCGGCCGAUUCGUGCCCGAAGAAUGGUGUCCGCAUCCAACGCCCCAACCACCCGAGACAUCAUCGCUCCUUCGCUCGCCAAAUCCACAAGCAUGCCCUCGGGCCUUACCAUAGGCAAGACAAGAUCGCAAUCCCGUCGACUCGAAGCCGCCAACCAAGAAAUGCAAUCUUCGACGCAUACGCACGAGAGUAGGAUCCCGGCAGUUGUUGAACAAAGUCGCACCGUGACUCGACAGGCCUCUCUGCGAUCCGCGUCGCGUGCUGACUUGAGGCUGGCUGCGGGGAGAGUUGAGCAGCCCAACCCCAGCUCAACAGGAUCUGCCCUUUCCUUCGGUCAAACCACAAAAUCACUGAGUCAGGCGGACAGUCUCGCUCGUGCCGAUAGCAAGUCACAGAAGGCUCGCUCCAGCCUGGGCCUGAGUCCGCUUUUCCACCAUGAUGACCUUUGUCACGACCUGCCAAGCACAUCAUUGUCUGAUGUAAACAACAACCUGCGUGUCAUGUUGACAAACCUUGUUCAUCAAGGUCCCACGCGACGUCGAGUUGGCUCCAGGAAACAACCUCAUGCAUAUGUCAUCAAGUGGGUAGACUACACGAAUCGGUAUGGCAUUGGAUAUGUGCUGGAUGAUGGUAGUGUCGGAUGCGUGUUCAAGGGGGAGAACGGCCGACCCGCGACGAGUGUGGUUAUUCGAAACGGGGAGCGACAUAUUCGCCGCAAGGCACGCAGCGUCGACACUCCAGAGGAGAAAGGCAUCCCAUAUUCGGAGGCAGAUCAGCUUGUCCCUCGGUCCGGGCCACCGAUUGAAUUUUACGAGAAUCGUGACGACAGCUUACUGGGCUGCCGUGGCAUUCGGCGAGCGAUGAUUGAUACGUGCCUCUUUGACGCGAGGACUUCCAAAGUCAUGAGGAUUCGUGGCACAUCUGGCUCGGAGACCGAACGCUCGGAUCUUGAAAAGGUCAAGCGAGUCAAACUGGUGGAUCAGUUUGGCAAAUACAUGAUCGGGUCAUUGGGUCGCCAUGGUGAUGAAGGCCUUGGUGAUGAAUUGCCCGCACAUAGCAGUGGCCAGUUCAUCAAAUUUUAUCAGCGGCUUGGAAAUGUUGGAAUAUGGGGCUUUGGUGAUGGCGCUUUCCAAUUCAACUUCCCUGAUCACACUAAGCUUGUGAUUGCACCGGGCCGCACCCGCAGCUCUUCUCCAUGGAUUGAUUUCUACCAUCUCUCACCCUCUGCAGCACGCUAUUUCACUGCCAAAGGGAAGAUGCAUCCGUCGGGCUUCGAUACUCGCGCCGUCGCCUCUGAUGAAGCAGCUACUUUCUUGAGUAUUGCCAAUGGCGAAUCUCUCAAUUCUGUCGAAGAUCGCAUUCGGGACAUCCUGGAAGCGAAUUCCUUCUUGGAAAAGAUCAACUUCAUCCGGGACGUCCUCAAGGAUUGGAUCACGUUUGGGCGACUCGGUGGCCGUCCACCUUCGACUUCCGCAUCUGGGCAAGAAUUGGUGUCGACCGAGAUGCUCUGGCGAGGCACCCAAGACCGGUCACCAGGGGGUAGCAACGGCACCAAGUUCGUGUGGGUGACCGUUGGUGCACCUGAUGGAGAUGGAGUCUAUCGGUCGGUCAUGCUGAAGGAUUCCGAGAUUGAGCGGCCUGACAAGCGAGCUGGCCCGAGUCUUGACAGGGAAAUGGAGGCUCUGAAGGAGCGGUUGAGAGGGCUGGGCCGUGAGUGA